ACGAGAUAAGUUUUAAAAGUGACUGCUUGGAAUCACUGAUGAUUAAAUCCAUGUAAGACAAUAAGACAGAUGUAAGGAAAAAACGAGCUAGCAUUAUGAAAUCUAAUCUAUAUAGUUCGAAAUGUCGAUUCAAAUGAUUGAUCGAUAACGACAGAAUGCAAAUAAAAAGUUGUAGUGUAAAUAUUUUUAUUUUCGAAUUUUCGUAUAGAUAAUGCGAGCUUAUCACGUGAUCCACUUGAUAUCCGGACUUGUCGCAAUUCGUUCGUUGGUGCCGUUGGUGGCUUUCGUGGGCUUUUGUCCAUACGUGCAGAAUGGCAUUCAACCUAGCCGCUUUUUCAUAUAUUGUGGCGUUAAUCGGCGACGCGUUUCUAAUAUUUUUCGCGAUAUUUCACGUAAUCACGUUCGAUGAGUUAAAAACUGGAUACAAAAAUCCGAUCGAUCAAUGUAAUAAUUUAAAUCCGCUUGUUUUACCAGAGUAUAUACUGCACGUUGUGAUCAAUCUUUUAUUUUUGAUUAGCGAACAAUACUUUUCGCUGUUUAUCAAUAUCCCACUCAUAGCUUAUCAUGUGUGGAGAUACAUGAACAGGCCUCUGAUGACAGAAUCAGGCCUAUAUGAUCCUACAAGCAUAAUGAAUGCUUAUGAUUUGUCCAUGUAUCAUAGAGAAGGAUGGAUUAAACUAGCCUUUUACCUUUUGUCGUUUUUUUAUUAUUUGUAUGGGUAAUGAUGAGCUCAC